GGUCGCUGAGAAGUGCGAGUCCGACCGCACCGCGACCGAAAUAGAUCCAGCGCUCGCUGCUGCUCGUCUCUGUCUUCUUGGCCGGGAAGAAAGGAAGGGAAAGGAAGCGGCGGAGACCAGGCGAUGGCGGCGCCGCUGGAGUUCCUGGAGGCGCAGGGCUCGACCCGGCCGGAGCUGGCGGAGUGGUACGCCGCCCUCGCCGAUCUCUACCAGCGGAAGCUCUGGCACCAGCUCACCCUCAAGCUCGACCAGUUCCUCGCCCUCGCCGUCGUCCAGGCGGGCGAUGCUCUGAUUCAGCUUUAUACUCAUUUCAUCUCUGAUUUUGAGAGCAAGAUCAAUCUUCUUAAAUUUGCUCACUUCGCGGUAGUAGUUUCACGCCAGUACUCAGAUAAAGAUGCCGGUAUAAGCUAUCUUGAGGGCGUAAUUUCGAAGCUGCAUGAUACCAAGGAAUCACGGAUUGAAGAGCCCGUUCUGUAUGUGAAGAUGCAGAUUGCAAGUUUUCUUCUUGAGAAAGGGAAUCAAAAGGAGUGUAAGAAACUGGUAGACGAGGGGAAAACCACAUUGGAUAGUAUGGACGAUGUUGAUCCUUCAGUACAUUCGACCUAUUAUUGGUUAUGUUCUCAGUACCAUAAAGUGUGUCAAGACUAUUCUGAAUUUUAUAAAAAUGCUCUUCUCUAUCUUGCAUACACAACAGUGGAGUCACUUUCAGAACCAUUCAAACAGAACCUGGCGUUUGACCUCUCACUUGCUGCUUUAUUGGGUGACAACAUAUACAACUUUGGGGAGUUGCUUGCCCAUCCAAUUAUCCAUAGCCUUGUGGGAACAUCGGUGGAGUGGAUUUAUCAUAUAUUGCAAGCGUUCAACUCUGGCAAUCUAGCAUCCUACCAGGAACUCUGCAAAGUUCACGCCACCGCUUUGAGUGCGCAGCCUGCUUUGGUACAGAAGGAAAGGGAACUUCUUGAAAAGAUCAAUGUCCUUUGCUUGAUGGAAAUCAUUUUCAGUCGAGCAUCUCAAGACCGCACAAUCCCAUUGAGCACUAUAGCUGAACAGACCAGACUCUCAGUUGAAGAUGUGGAGUAUCUACUAAUGAAGAGCCUCUCUGCUCAUCUUAUUGAAGGCAUAAUUGAUGGGGUCGACGGGACUGUCCAUGUUUCGUGGGCGCAACCGAGGGUCCUUGGAAUUGACCAGGUGAAGUCCCUGCGUGACCGGCUGGACACCUGGGUCGGGAAGGUGCACACCACUUUGCUAUCUGUCGAAGCCGAGACGCCCGACCUGGUAGCUUCUUGAUGUUCUUUGGUCCCCUGUUGAACGGUGUCUGUGACCUUACACAAAGCCAACGUGGAAUUUGAAAUUUGAUUUUGAUUCUUAGGCUGCAACCUUGCAAAACCUAGAAAGAUUUGUAAACAUGAUGAUCAGUCUUGUUUUGUUUGGACGUGGAACUUCACUGCAUGUGCAAUUGCAAUGUCUCUUUCAUGGCGCUA